GUAAGACCUUCUAAGUUCCGAAAGAAGCCAGCUGCUUCCACAUUGAUCAGCUGACUCAAGGUACCCAGCAGGCUCCCCGUGAAUAAACCAGAGGUUUCACUGCAAGAUGACCCACAGGGACAGCACAGGACCUGUCAUCGGGCUGAAACUUGUGACCCUUCUGUUCACCCUAAGUCCAGAACUUCUGUUCCUGGGAGCUGGAUUGAAGCUGAAAGAGAAUGGCUAUGAUGGAUUGCUUGUUGCCAUCAAUCCCCGGGUACCCGAGGAUCUGAAGCUGAUUACAAACAUUAAGGAAAUGAUAACCGAAGCUUCCUUUUACCUGUUCAAUGCGACCAAGAGGAGGGUGUUUUUCAGAAAUGUACAGAUUUUAGUACCUGCCACUUGGACGGAUCAUAAUUACAGUAGAGUAAGACAAGAAUCCUAUGACAAGGCAAAUGUCAUAGUGGCUGAGCAGAGUGAGGAACACGGAGAUGAUCCCUACACCCUACAGCACAGAGGGUGUGGGCAAGAGGGGAGAUACAUCCACUUCACCCCCAGCUUCCUACUCAACGAUGAGUUAGCCGCAGGCUAUGGUGCGCGAGGCAGAGUGUUUGUCCACGAGUGGGCCCAUCUCCGCUGGGGUGUGUUCGAUGAAUAUAACAACGACAAACCGUUCUACGUGAAUGGACGGAAUGAGAUUCAAGUCACCAGGUGUUCAUCUGACAUUACAGGCGUUUUUGUGUGUGAAAAGGGCCUCUGCCCCCAUGAAGACUGCAUUAUUAGCAAGAUUUUUAGGGAAGGAUGCACAUUCCUCUACAACAGCACCCAGAAUGCAACUGGAUCAAUAAUGUUCAUGCCAAGUUUACCUUCUGUGGUUGAAUUCUGUAACGAAAGUACACACAACCAAGAAGCUCCAAACCUCCAGAACCAAGUGUGCAGCCUCAGAAGCACUUGGGACGUGAUCACAGCCUCCUCCGACCUGAACCAUAGCCUCCCCGUGCAUGGGGUUGGACUUCCAGCCCCUCCCACGUUCUCCCUCUUGCAGGCUGGUGACCGAGUGGUCUGCUUAGUGAUUGAUGUGUCCAGGAAGAUGGCAGAGGGAGACAGACUGCUCCGACUUCAACAAGCAGCCGAACUGUACUUGAUGCAGGUUGUCGAAGCUCACACUUUCGUGGGCAUUGUCACUUUUGAUAGCAAAGGAGAAAUCCGAGCCUCGCUGCAGCAAAUUUACAGUGACGAUGACCGGAAGCUGCUGGUUUCAUACCUGCCGACCGCCGUGUCCACUGACGCAGAAACGAACAUCUGUGCAGGGGUUAAGAAAGGCUUUGAGGUGGUUGAGGAGCGGAAUGGAAGAGCUGACGGCUCUGUCCUGAUAUUAGUGACCAGUGGAGCAGAUGAACACAUUGCCAACUGCCUGCUCACCUCGAUGAACAGUGGAUCCACCAUUCACUCCAUGGCCCUGGGUUCCUCUGCAGCCAGAAAAGUGGGGGAAUUAUCACGUCUUACAGGAGGUCUAAAGUUCUUCAUUCCAGAUAAAUUUACUUCUAAUGGAAUGACUGAAGCUUUCGUUCGAAUCUCUUCUGGAACAGGAGACAUUUUCCAGCAAAGCUUACAGGUUGAGAGCGUGUGCGAAACUGUGCAACCCCAGCACCAGCUGGCGGAUACUAUGACUGUGGAUAGCGCCGUGGGCAAUGACACACUUUUUCUAGUCACGUGGCAGACUGGUGGCCCCCCUGAGAUUGCAUUAUUGGAUCCUAGCGGAAGAAAAUACAACACUGGUGACUUUAUCAUCAACCUGGCCUUUCGGACAGCCAGCCUUAAGAUUCCAGGGACAGCUAAGCAUGGGCACUGGACUUACACGCUGAACAACACCCACCAUUCUCCCCAAGCUCUGAAAGUGACAGUGGCCUCUCGUGCCUCCAGCCUGGCCAUGUCCCCAGCCACUCUGGAAGCCUUUGUGGAAAGAGACAGCACCUAUUUUCCUCAGCCAGUGAUCAUUUAUGCGAAUGUGAGGAAAGGUCUGCAUCCCAUUCUCAAUGCCACCGUGGUGGCGACAGUGGAACCAGAGGCUGGAGAUCCCGUUGUACUGCAACUUUUGGAUGGCGGAGCAGGUGCAGAUGUUAUAAGAAAUGAUGGGAUUUACUCCAGAUAAUAUUCAAAUGAAUGCUCCCAAAAACUUGGGCCACAGACCUGUGAAGGAGAGGUGGGGCUUCAGUCGAGUGAGCUCGGGAGGCUCCUUCUCCGUGCUGGGAGUCCCAGACGGCCCCCACCCUGACAUGUUUCCACCGUGCAAAAUUACUGACCUGGAAGCCAUGAAAGUGGAAGACGACGUCGUCCUCUCUUGGACGGCACCUGGGGAAGACUUCGAUCAGGGGCAAAGUAGGCUUGCUGAUUUGUUUCAUAAGUACCUUUCCACAGACAGUAUCUUCCCAACACCCCCCCCCCCACUGUGUGUGUGUAGUCAUUUUUUAUUGUUUUCCAUAUCAACAUUACAAAAAGCUUCACUAGUUAAAGCAAAAGCUAGAGACAGCUCAAUAACACAACAUGAACUUUACACAAUUACUCAUAGGGAGGAUGACAUCAUUUUUUUGAUUCUUGCUUUCAAAAAAAUAUCAAGUGCUCCUGGCUCACAUUUUAGCAUGAGUCUUUACAUUGCAACUUGGUAUUCAGUGAUUUCUCACACGUAUAUUCCUUGAUAGUUUGACUUUUGUGGUUAUUUUCAUUACUAAUCUUCACCAACUAAAAACCUUAUACAAAUUGAUCAUACGCUCCUGUGUGUAUUUUUAAUUUCAGCUACAAGCUAUGAAAUAAGAAUGAGCAGAAGCCUAUGGAACAUUCGGGAUGACUUUGACAAUGCCAUCUUGGUGAAUUCGUCAGAGCUAGUUCCUCAGCAUGCUGGCACCAGGGAGACAUUUACAUUCUCACCCAAGCUUGUCACCCAUGAACUUGAUCAUGAACUUGCUGAAGAUGCACAAGAACCCUACAUAGUGUAUGUGGCCCUGAGAGCCAUGGAUAGAAGCUCCCUCAGGUCAGCUGUGUCAAACAUUGCCCUGGUAUCAAUGUCUCUUCCUCCAAACUCUUCUCCUGUAGUGAGCAGAGAUGAUCUGAUCCUGAAAGGAGUUUUAACAACAGUAGGUUUGAUAGCAAUCCUUUGCCUUAUUAUGGUUGUAGCACACUGUAUUUUUAACAGGAAAAAGAGACCAUCAAGAAAAGAGAAUGAGACAAAAUUUCUAUGAACAAGCAGGCACAGUAUCUUCCUUCUUAGGUAGGAUGGACAUGACCUUUACAUCCACAAAAUAAAAUGUGAACAAAAUCAAAAUAGUCUCGACAUGGGGACUUUUACAUAAUGCAAAAAUGCCCUCCCCCCCCCCCCAAAAAAAACCCACCAACUUUUAACUCAUUUUGGGAAAGGGUUAGAAAACAGUGUAAGGUUCCAGUUAUGGAAAAAUAAUAAAAUAUAUUGCUCAAGGUAAUGGCUUGAAAGGCAAAGGAAGAACAAAAUCAAAUCGAGUCAAGAAAAGCUUGUUUUAUUGAAGUUCAGGUUGGGGGAAGUUCUGGGUACAGAAAAGAAUGUUGGGUCUUAGUUAGACAGUGUAACUAUCUGUAUGAUGCAAACAUGUUACUUUGAUGAAUUUCUCAUCUCUGCUUAUCUGUGCAGAGAAGGACACAUGUUUAUACUGACAACCAAGCUGCUUUAUAGAAGAGGCCAUACUACAGGGUUCUUUAUAUCUUGUCCUUUGGUUAAAUUCACUGUGGCUCACAAGACACCACUAAAGUUCAGAUAGGACUUUUCUCACCAUGAGAGGAGACCUUAGAAUGCAAUUGUUGUCCUUGUCCCUUGGAUACUGAUCUGUAGCAGAGGUCACCGGAGUUUACUGUUUGUAAGACGUUAGUGCCAUUGAAGCAGCUUUCUAAGUUAUUGGCUUGGAAGUAUUGAAUGAAAAUGGUUACGGCUCCCAUGAGGCUUUACAGGUAAAAGACAUUAUGCUGAAAUAAUUUUAAUAUAUACACCAUAUAGUUUUAUUCCAUCUCAAAUAAGAAGUCAUGGAAACAAUUAGCAAAUUCUGCCCCGGUUUAAUAAGUACAUGCAAUUCUUUUCUUCAUCAAGGACACAGAGAAGACAGCAGAGAAAAUGUGGAAAUAAAAAUCAUCUAAUGCUACUUCUUCCUUUUAAAAAAUGUUAUUUAAUAAUAUUAUGUCAUUUCUAAAUUCAAGAACUUAAAGGUUUAUUGAAUAAAUAUUAUGUUACAGA